AUGGCCAGCUCUGGAGACAAAGUUCCAGCGGCAAACGGCAGCACAACAAUCCACCGGUAUGGUGCCACGACGGACACAAGAACGGUAGUGCCGGCAGUAAAUGGAACAGAACCACACACCGAUCCCGGAACGACCCCGACAACGUUUCCCAACACUAGCAUCGACAUGGAACGUGCCCAGUUGGACAAGCGUUCCACACUGAAGAUGUGCGAAAAGAUUGGGUACGGUUUGGGUCACGUGUAUAAUGAUCUUUGUGCCGGCAUUUGGUUCAGCUAUACGCUCCUGUUCAUGCAGGGUGCGCUAGGAAUGCCGGCAGCCGAAGCCGGUGCGAUGGUGAUGUUGGGACAGGUCGGUGAUGCUAUUGCGACACCGAUCGUGGGUCUCCUGACGGAUCGAUAUGGAACGAAGCGACAGUGGCAUAUAGCAGGCACCUUUAUAGUAUUCCUUACAUUCCCGAUGAUAUUUUCCCUGUGUCCCUGGUGUUCGGUGGCGCCUCACUGGUGGGAAAUUCUGUACUUCGUAAUCGUGAUACUUGCCUUCCAAUUUGGGUGGCCGAUCGUACAGGUGACGCACCUUGCCAUGAUACCGGAGCUCUCCCGCACGCAGAAAGAUCGAUCAGAUCUAACCGCCAUUCGACACUCGGUGUCGAUCGUGUCCAACGUGGUGGUGUACAUAGUCACGUGGGCAGUAUUACGGAGUCGUACAAGUACAGACAAUCAGAUUGGACCAGGCGAUGCGUACCGAUUCCGGGAUAUCUCUCUGAUUCUUACACUCGUUGGCGUGUCCAUGUCGGUUUUAUUUAAUUUUUCGCUCACAUUCAGCGGGUACGAGCAUCGGCGGAAUACUGCACUGCAGCACAACAUCAUCCGCCCUUCGGGACCGCAAGCGGAAACGAAUAUUGAGCAAGUGAAACAUGAGCAGACAAAAGCAAAUGGUUCUCAACAUUCAACAGGAUCUUCCACCGUACUCGAUACCAUUGUUGAACGUAAACCAAAGAAAAAUUUCUUCAAAUCACCUCUACUGUACCAGAAUGCCUUACUGUACGUCUUCUCGAGACUUUUUAUGACAACGUCACUGGUGUACAUGCCUCUAUGGUUGGACGAGCGUGCAUAUCAACCGGAUGUAACACCAGCGGAAAACAAUGCCAACGUUGAACAUUUGGCAACGGUUCCACUUGUGUCUUUUCUCGCCUCAUUCGUAGCGUCACUGCUGCUUAAGUACACCAACCGCUUUAUCGGCAACAGUUGGGUGUAUUUUAUAGGAUCCAUUAUAAGUACAAGUGUGUGCCUAUGGGUCGCCCUCACGCCCGGCUCGGGAUCGUUCAGCACACUGUCCUUAUUUUUGAUCGCCUCCCUAUUUGGAGCUGGUAACUCAAUCACGAUGAUUAGCAGCCUGUGCAUUACGGCCGACAUGAUCGGGAAGCAUGCGGAUCAGGGUGGAUUUAUCUAUUCGGCUGUCACGUUCGCGGACAAACUGAUCACCGGUGUGGUGGUAGUUAUCAUCGAGUCGGUGAAAUGUCACGACCGUUCUGAAUGUCCAGAGUAUUAUAGAGGAGUGCUAUCGUACGGGUGCGGUUUGGCGGCUGUGCUGGGGUGCUUAACGUUGGCCACCUUACCGUGUACUACCGCAUCCACCCGUCGACGGGACGAGCAAUGCACGACACAGCAUUAA